UAUAUAAUUUUCAUUCCGUACAAGGCGCGGAUCUUAACCUAAUUAGUUAAUAAAAAUGUGUAACAAUCUUUUAUAAGUAGAUUUUUGGGAAUGAUUCCCUUUUAAUAGUAUAGAUUCUAUUUUUUAACUUAUGUAAAGGUAAACAAAUGUUUACGACAUAAGUUACAUUAAAAUCAUACAAACGACACUUAUUUUAUACAAAAAAAUAUUCUACAACUACAGUUAAUUGAUUAAAUGAAACAGUUUCUUUAGUAAAUAGUCAAGAAUGGAAACUCGAGAUCAUUUAUUCUUUGAAUGCUCUUAUACCUUUCAAAUUUGGGAAAAACUUGCUGGGAAUGCUGCAGAGACGCUACACCCAGAGCUGACCGACGUAGGUCUUGAUCAUAUCUGAUGGAUCAACCGAGAAAAACCUGCAGUUCUGCACUCGAUACACGUUUCAAACUGCUGUACACACCAUCUGGAGGGAAAGGAAUCAGUGCCAGCAUGGGGAGUCUCUGACUCCUUAUACCACUUUCGACAAAAGCAUAGACAAGAGCGUUAGGAAUCGGUUGUUUCUGCUCCAGCAAUCCGAUCCAAAGCGCUUUAGAAACAUUCUGUCUUUUUUGGCUUGGGAGUAGAUAAAAAUUUUGUAUAGUUUUCACAUUCAAACACUGCUGCACUUGAUGUACCAACUGUUUUUUAAUUAAUUUAACAUUUUUUCAUAAUAAAGGGUCAAAUGUGGAAUGGCACUGUUGAUAUUACCUUCUUUUUUUGUUUUCUCUUGCCAGGAAUCAAAUAUAACUUACCUAUAAAAGUGUCAAUAAAUAUCACUAAAUUAAAUUAAAAUAUAUCUUAAACUUUGAAUGUAAUCCGUUAAGCUUUCUUUCUAUGAAUACUUAUUAGUAUUUAAUCCGUUACAAAUCUGGAAACAAUUUGUCAGACUUUUCGUUAAAAAAAGUCAAUAUUACCUUUACCUGUUUUCCUUAUUUAGUAAUUAGCAGAUUGAUAUCUAAUUAAUAUAAAUUCAAUGCGUGUAUUUACUGAUUUUAUAUAGAUACGAACGUUUAAUACCAAGAAGCUCUCUUUCUUGAAAAAUAAAUCUCUGUUUUUGGUUUAUGGUCUUCAUGAAAUUUCUUAAAUUCUAUUUGUUUUAAGCAAUUAAAAAAAAACACUUGCUUUUUGUUUGUUUCCUGAUGAACACUAUGGAUACCAAGCAACCACUUGAUUCAGACGAUGAAGAACAAACAUAUUAUGAAAGAUCAAUUCAACCAAAAGCAGAUCAAUGGAAAAAGAUUUCCGGAGAUGUUAUCAGGGCUUUGGGUUUAAAGAUGAAGAUUCUGAUGACAGUCAUCUUUGGUGGCUUACUCAUUGGGUCUGUAAUCUUACUAUCAUUCUCACACAACUUCAAUGACCAACUUCUUGAUGCAACAAGCAACGACCAACUUCUUGCUGCAACAAUCAACGGUUCACGUAAAUCCGAAACACCCCAUGAUAAAUUAAUAGGAGGGCUUUUAACAGCUGACUUCGAUGAACCUUCUUGUGUGAGUAGGUAUUAUCAGUCUUCCUUGUACAGCAAGCCAUCUCCUUACAAGCCUUCUGAAUACCUUGUCUCUAAGCUAAGAAGCUAUGAGAAGCUUCAUAAGCGCUGCGGUCCAGGCACAGAAGCUUACAAGGAAGCAACAAAGAAUCUUGGUCAUGAUGAUGAUAAUUAUGCAAACAAGUCUGUCGGUGAAUGCAAAUACGCUGUGUGGGUUGCAGUCUACGGUCUUGGAAACAGAAUACUAACUCUUGCCUCUGUCUUCCUCUACGCGCUCUUGACAGAGAGAGUCGUUCUUGUUGAUCAAAGCAAAGACAUUAGCGAUCUCUUCUGCGAGCCGUUUCCAGGUACUUCAUGGUUACUCCCUAAUGACUUCCCAUUAGUGAAGCAAUUUGAUGGCUACGGCAGAGGAGACUCUCAUUGUUACGGAACAAUGUUGAAUAAUCAUGCCAUCAGCGCAAACUCAACCCCUCGGCAUAUUUAUCUUGAUAUAUUACAUGAUUCAAGGGAUGAAGAUAAGAUGUUCUUCUGCCCAAAGGACCAAACUAUGAUCGAUAAAGUCCCUUGGUUGGUUUUCAAAACCAACGUCUACUUCGUUCCAUCUCUGUGGUUUAGUCCAACGUUCCGACCAGAACUGAUGAAGCUGUUCCCGCAGAAAGAAGCAGUGUUUCAUAACUUGGCUAGGUAUCUUUUUCACCCGACGAAUCAAGUUUGGGGUAUGGUCACUAGGUACUACAAAGCUCACUUAGCCAGAGCAGACGAGAGACUAGGGAUACAAAUACGUGUUUUCGCCGAUGACGCAGGCUAUUUCCAGCACGUCAUGGAUCAAAUCUUGUCAUGCACGCAAAGAGAGAAACUGUUACCUCAAGUCGUUGCACAAGAAGAGUCAAAAGUCAACGCAUCGACAAACCAGAAACUUAAAGCUGUUCUUGUCACUUCUCUGUAUCCAGAGUACGCUGACCGCUUAAAAAGCAUGUUUUGGGAGCGACCUAGCUCGACAGGAGAGAUCAUCGAAGUUUAUCAGCCAAGUGGGGAAAGAGUUCAACAAACGGAUAAGAAGAUUCACGACCAAAAGGCCCUCGCGGAGAUGUAUCUUCUGAGUUUAACGGAUAACAUUGUCACGAGCGCAAGGUCCACGUUCGGAUAUGUUGCUCAUAGUCUUGGAGGGUUAAAGCCAUGGUUACUUUAUCAGCCAAAGGAUCUCACAGUUCCUGAUCCUCCGUGUAUUCGGUCCACGUCUGUUGACCCUUGUCACCUUACUCCUCCUUCUCAUGGAUGUGAUGCUGAUUGGGGAACUUACUCGGGGAAUGUUGUUCCUUUUGUAAGGGAGUGUGAGGAUCGUGAGCAUGAUGGGAUUAAGCUAUUUGAUGAGUUGUAAUAGUUCUUGUUUUAUUUUAGUUGAUUUCAUCGGACUAUUGGGUUAAUGAACACAGGAUCAAGUUUAUUUUUCUUUUGAUGUCUUCCUCUAUAAUAAUGUUUCACUGGAUUCUGACCCGCGUUAGAACGCGGGAUUGAUUUUUAUAAAAUGGUCUUAGAAGUGUUCUUAGAAUUUCAUUAAAUUUAAAUUUGAUUCAAUAUAUAAUGUGUGACUUAUAGUUUGGUUACUUGUUUGUUUUCUUAAUAAAUCUUAUUUUUUAAAUGUAUAAAUAGGGCCCAUAUAAAUAUUAGGAUGAAUGUUUCCUGUGUAUUAAUAAUAUGUUAAGGCAUAUAAAUAAUUUACUUGUCACAAAUGUUUUUUGUUUGUUUGUUCAUUUGAGAUUUGGUUCCUACGUUCGUUUUACCAAAAAAUUCAUAAUAUUGAUGAGGAUUCAUCCUGCCUAAUAGGUAAGUUUAAGGUUUGGUAUAAUCAAAAUCUACAAUGCUUACUUAAUUAUCAAUGGGAGAUAAGAGACU